UGGCGGGAGGCGGCGGCGGCGCAAGGCCGCCUCGGUGAGGGCGGGCCGGGCUCGGGCUCCGGCUCCGGUUCCUCCUCCCGGCGCUGCGCGGGGGGCGGCGGCGGGGAAGCGCGAGGCUCCCCUCAGGCUGCGCUUCCCCUCAGGCCGCGGCGGGAGCCCGGGCCCGCGGCAGGCCGUGCUCCGGUGCCGUGAGGGGAAGAUGGCCUCUCGGAGGAUCACCCGCGACACGUUCGAGGCCGUGGUGCAGGACAAGGUGAAGCGGUACCGGAGCGGUGCCGCGGGAGACCCGGCCCAUCGUUUCCCAGCUCCCUCCCGGCUGCCCCGGCCCCGCUACAACGAGAGCUUCCAGCCCGACGGGCGCUUCCCUCACGCCAACUGCCAGCACGAGGACUGGAGCCAGGAGCCUGGGGAGGAUUAUCCUGGGGAGAAUUACCCCGGGGAGGAUUAUCCUGGGGAGAAUUACCCCGGGGAGGAUUAUCCUGGGGAGGAUUACCCUGGGGAGAACUACCCUGGGGAGGAUUACCCCGGCCCUUCCUACCGCGCCGGCAGCCCCCUGCUCCGCAAGGAGAAUUAUUUCCACGGACGUUUCUCCCGCCCUGCGCCCCGGGAGCGGGAAUUCGGCCAGGAUUACAGGAAAUUUGGCCGUGCAGCUGCCCCAGGCAGGGAAUUUGGGCAGCACCCUGCUCCCCACGGCCGGGAGUACGGGCAGCAGCACCGGGAGUACGGCCAGCGGGACCGGGAGUACGGGCAGCAGCAGGAUUAUGGCCCCUCGGAUUGCUGGGAAGCUGGCGGGCAGCACGGAGCGGGGUUUGGCUCCUCGGAGCUUUUGGGGGAUUUUAGGUCUCCCGGGCUGCUGGAGGAGGAGGAGUAUGGCAGCGUGGAGGAUCAGGAGUACGAGGCGGAGGAUGGCGAGUUCCGGGCGGCGCUGCGCAGGGGAGGAGUGGGCAGGGGGAGAGCGCUCAGGGGGAAACGCCUCACCAGGGGGGUGCUGAAAGCCAAGGUGUUCAAAGGAGACCUCAAAAGCCCCCUGAAGAAGUGGAAUGUGAAGAAAGCACAGCUAGGCCUGGAUCCCAAAGCUCUGGAGCAGCCUCUGGAAGUCACCGAGCACCCCGAGCAGAGGCCGGUGCCCCUCCAGCAGCGCCCCAGCCCCAAGCUGCCCCCGCACCCCGUGGCAGCCCAGAGAGCCAUCCUGAGGCUGCCAAAACCCGCCCACGUCUUCAGGAACCUCAACUUCGACCUGGUGGAUAAAUCUGACAUUUUCUCCACCUUCGGCAUGGAGAUCAUCAAGUGGGCCGGGUUCCACGCCGUCAGAAACGACGCCGAGUUCUCGCGGCUCUUCGGGGCCCUCUUCGAGCUGGAGACCGAGACCUGUGCCAAGAUGUUGGCCUCCUUCAAGUGCUCCCUGAGGCCAGAGCACAGAGAUUAUUGCUUCUUCACCAUCAAGAGCCUGCAGCACGCCGCCCUGAAAACCCCCAAGGUGGACAACGAGUUCUUGAACAUGCUGCUGGACAAGGGGGCGGUGAAAACCAAGAAUUGCUUCUUUGAGAUCAUCAAACCUUUUGAUAAAUACAUCAUGAGGCUCCAGGACCGCCUGCUCAAGGGGGUGACCCCUCUGCUGAUGGCCUGCAACGCCUACGAGCUGAGCCUCAAAACCAACGGCUUCGGCAACCCCAGGGAGAUGGCCAACGCCUUCGAGACCACCGUGUCCCUGUGCAGGAAAUCCCUGGCUCUGCUGGGCCAGACCUUUGCCCUGGCCUCUGUUUUCAGGCAGGAGAAAAUCCUGGAGGCCGUGGGGCUGCAGGAGAUGGCCCCAGCACCCACGGCCUUCCCCAACUUCGAUGACUCCACGCUCUUUGGGAGGGAGUACAUCGAGAACCUGAAGGCUUGGCUGGAGAAGAGUGGCUACCCCAUCCAGAUGAAGAAGGCAGAGGCAGGAUCCGGGGAGCAGCUCCAGACAGCCUCCCCCGAGCCCACAGCCCCCCAACGAGCUGACAGGAAGGUUCUGGAAACAAUUGAGCAGCUGGUGAGCAGCAUCGUGGCAGGAACUUUGUCUGCCAAGGACAGGAAUGCCCAGAAAAACUCUCCUGAAUAUUGGUUCCUUUCCGAGGAGGACAGCCUGGAGUACAAGUACUACAGGCUGAGGCUGUCUGAGGUGCAGAGGAGCAGCCUGGCAGGGGAGGCAGCAGCCCCAGAGUCCCUGAGGGCCAUGCUCUAUGCCAGGAGGGUGGCCAGCAUCAAAAGGAGACUUUUCAAGAGGAAAAAAAAACCUGGGCUUGUCCCUGCCCGUGCCAGGAAGGUGAGGAGGGCAAGCACUGGCACCCAGACCCUGCUGUCAGCUGGCACAGGAGUGAAACAGCCAGACAGAAACCUUGCAGCUGGCACAGGAGUGAAACAGCCAGACCAAAAUCUGGCAGCUGGCACAGGAGUGAAACAGCCAGACAGAAACCCUGGCACAGGGCUGGAGCAGCCAGAUCAGAAUCUCCCAGCUGGCACAGGAAUGAAACACUCAGACAAAAAUCUCCCAGCUGGCACAGGGCUGGAGCAGGCAGACCAGAAUCUGGCAGCUGGCACAGGAAUGAAACAGCCACACCAAAACCUUGCAGCUGGCACAGGGCUGGAACACUCAGACAAAAGUCUCCCAGCUGGCACAGGAAUGAAACACCCUGACCAAAACCUCCCAGCUGGCACAGGAGUGAAACAGCCAGAUCAGAAUCUGGCAGCUGGCACAGGGCUGGAACACCCAGACCAAAAUCUGGCAGCUGGCACAGUGCUAAAACACUCAGAGAAAAAUCCCCCAGCUGGCACAGGAAUGAAACAGCCAGACCAAAAUGUGGCAGCUGGCACAGGGCUGGAAGAGCCAGACAAAAGUCUCCCAGCUGGCACAGGAAUGAAACAGCCAGACCAGAAUCUGGCAGCUGGCACAGGAGUGAAACAUCCAGACCAAAACCUCCCAGCUGGCACAGGAGUGAAACACCCAGACCAGAAUCUGGCAGCUGGCACAGGGCUGGAGCAGCCAGACCAAAAUGUGCCAGCUGGCACAGGGCUGGAGCAGCCAGACCAGAAGGUUCCUGGUGCAGAGCCUGGCCUGGGUGCCAGCUCUGCCCCCCAAGGUGCCAGCAGCAGCUCCCAGGUGCCCGUGGCAGCAGAGAGAAGAGCAGACCCUGAGGGUUUGGCAGCAGAUCCUGAGCUCCUGCCAGCACUGGGAUCGCAGUUUGCUGAUGUGGAUGCCAAAACCAUGGAGACUGCAGAGAAGCUGGCCAGGUUUGUGGCUCAGGUAGGGCCAGAGAUUGAGCAGUUCAGCAUUGACAACAGUGCAGAUAACCCCGAGCUCUGGUUCCUGCAGGACCAAACCAGCCCUGCCUUCAAAUUCUACCGCAUGAAAGUCCUGGAGCUCUGUCCCUCCAUCACCUUCAGCCCCGAGGCUGCAGAAGCUGCCAGAGCUGCAGGGACAGCCCUGGACACUGAGGAGGACGAGGAGGAAGAGGAGGAGGAAGAAGAAGAAGAAGAAGAAGAGGAAGAAGAAGCUGAGUUUGAACCCUCCCAAGCUGAUGAGGAGGAUGAGGAUGAUGAGGAGGACGUGGCAGCAGGUAGAAGGGUGACAAAGCUAGAGGAAGAUGUGGUGUCCAUGGCAGGAGAGGAGGUGUCAGGAGGUGAAGUGCAGCUCUCCAGCCCCUCUGACGGCGCUGUCCCAAAUCUGUCGACACAGGCACCCCCCGGCCCGGGCCCCGGCGCGCGCUUCCCCCGCAAACGGGUCAGCUCCAAGUCCCUGAGGGUGGGCCUGAUCCCGGCCCCCAAAAGGAUCUGCCUCAUCCAGGAGCCCAAAGUGCAUGAACCUGUCAGGAUUGCUUAUGACAGACCCCGGGGCUGCCCUGUCACAAAGAAAAAAAAGAAGCCCAGGGCUCUGGAGGUGCCCCAGAAGAGGCUGAGCCCCAGGAACGUGGGGUUCCAGAUGCUGCAGAGGAUGGGCUGGCAGGAGGGGCACGGCCUGGGCACGCGCGGCCGCGGCAUCCGAGAGCCCCUGCACCUGUAA